GCGGAGAGGAGUGUGGCGGGAGGAGGAGUAGGAGAAGGGGGCCGGUCAAGGGAAGUGCGACGUGUCUGAGGAGCCUUUUUAUACCUUCUUCCCUGGAGCCCGGCAGCCACUGCCGCCAUCCAAGUCUCUGCACCCCGGACCCGGGCUCUGUCACAGUCGCAGCAUGUCGGAGGUCAAAAAGCAGAAGACGGACCAGCAAAAAUCCACCAAUGUGGUCUACCAGGCUCACCAUGUGAGCAGGAACAAGAGAGGACAAGUUGUUGGAACCAGGGGAGGAUUCCGAGGAUGUACUGUAUGGCUAACAGGGCUCUCUGGUGCUGGAAAAACAACCAUAAGCUUUGCUUUGGAGGAGUACCUUGUAUCUCAUGCCAUCCCAUGUUACUCCCUGGAUGGGGACAAUGUCCGUCACGGCCUUAACAAGAACCUGGGAUUCUCGGCAGGGGAUCGCGAGGAGAACAUCCGCCGCAUUGCGGAGGUGGCCAAGCUCUUCGCCGACGCUGGCCUGGUCUGCAUCACCAGCUUUAUUUCACCAUUUGCAAAGGAUCGUGAGAAUGCCCGCAAAAUCCACGAAUCAGCAGGACUUCCGUUCUUUGAGAUCUUUGUAGAUGCUCCUUUAAAUAUCUGUGAAAGCCGAGACGUAAAAGGACUCUACAAACGAGCUCGAGCAGGAGAGAUUAAAGGGUUUACAGGCAUCGAUUCUGAUUAUGAGAAACCUGAAACUCCAGAGUGUGUGCUGAAGACCAACCUGUCCUCAGUAAGCGACUGUGUGCAGCAGGUGGUGGAACUUUUGCAAGAGCAGAACAUUGUACCCCACACCACCAUCAAAGGCAUCCACGAACUCUUUGUGCCAGAAAACAAAAUUGAUCAAAUCCGAGCUGAGGCAGAGACUCUCCCGUCACUAUCGAUUACCAAGCUGGAUCUGCAGUGGGUGCAGAUUCUGAGUGAAGGCUGGGCCACGCCACUCAAAGGCUUUAUGCGGGAGAAGGAGUACUUGCAAACUCUCCACUUCGACACUCUACUGGACGAUGGAGUCAUCAACCUCAGUAUCCCCAUCGUGCUGCCUGUUUCUGUGGAUGACAAGGCACGGCUCGAAGGAUGCAGCAAAUUUGCCUUGAUGUACGAAGGCCGGAGGGUAGCUCUACUGCAAGACCCUGAAUUCUAUGAGCAUAGGAAAGAGGAGCGUUGUGCUCGUGUGUGGGGAACAGCCACUGCCAAACACCCCCACAUCAAAAUGGUGAUGGAAAGUGGGGACUGGCUGGUCGGUGGAGACUUACAGGUGCUGGAGAGAAUAAGGUGGAAUGACGGCCUGGACCAAUACCGCCUGACACCUCUAGAACUCAAGCAGAAGUGCAAAGACUUGAACGCUGAUGCCGUGUUUGCAUUCCAGUUGCGCAAUCCUGUCCACAACGGCCAUGCUCUGCUGAUGCAGGACACUCGCCGCAGGCUCCUGGACAGGGGUUACAAGCACCCAGUCCUCCUGCUACACCCUCUUGGGGGCUGGACCAAGGACGAUGAUGUACCCCUGGACUGGAGGAUGAAACAGCAUGCAGCGGUACUGGAGGAAGGGGUCCUGGAUCCCAAGUCAACUAUCGUUGCCAUCUUCCCAUCUCCUAUGUUAUAUGCUGGUCCCACCGAGGUCCAGUGGCAUUGCAGGUGUCGGAUGAUUGCCGGUGCCAACUUCUACAUUGUGGGUAGAGACCCUGCAGGAAUGCCCCAUCCGGAGACAAAGAAAGACCUAUAUGAACCUACUCACGGGGGCAAGGUCUUGAGUAUGGCCCCUGGCCUCACCUCUGUGGAAAUCAUUCCAUUCAGAGUGGCUGCCUACAAUAAAAUUAAGAAGGCCAUGGACUUUUAUGAUCCAGCAAGGCACGAGGAGUUUGACUUCAUCUCGGGAACUCGUAUGAGGAAGCUCGCCCGGGAAGGAGAGGAUCCCCCAGAUGGCUUCAUGGCCCCCAAAGCCUGGAAAGUGUUGACAGAUUAUUACAGGUCUCUGGAGAAGAUCAACUAGGUGCUCCUGGAUCCAGUUGCUUUCUCAAGUGCUCUCUGCCGAUUUUUCUAUUUUUGUGAUUAGCUGCUCUGUAUCCAACUGCUUCUUGGUGACUUUUUAAAGUUAGUAUUUUGCAAUGAAGUAACAAGUUGUGCCUAUAAUUUAAAACCAACUUCAUUAUGUCUAGGAAACUCACACUGGAGACAGUCUUAGGUGAAAACAUUGUUGUACAUUCCAGAAUGAAAGCACUUGUACUCUACUUCAUCUCAGCAGGUAUAUCUCAGAUUUCUUUAAAAUGUGACUAUGUGUCUAGCUGUCUUGCCCAGAACAGAAUCAGAAUUUUCUGCCAGCCUGGAAUCCCAAUGUCACUCACCAAAAUAAAAAGAAAACACCAAAAAACCCCAAAAACAAAAAAAAAAAAAAACAAAAAGCAAGCAAGCAAACAAACAAACAAACAAACAAAAACCCACCCAUUCUGUCACUUUGAAGGAAAUGUAUUUUACAUCAGGACUUUUUACUUCAUGACUACACAGACCCUUACUGCCUAAUGUAUGAGAUGAAGAUGCAACUAGAAGGAAAAUAUGUAUGAAGAUGUGAAUUAAAUCUUAAAGAACGCUGUAACUUAUGUCUACCAUGAAAAUGACAGUCUGAUAAGAGUUCUAAUGGUCUUCUAGGAAUUGUAACAUCAGCUUGAUGGCACUUUUCAAAAGCAUGGUAUGCUUUGAUCACAACAAUUUCUCCCAGGGACUAAACCAUCAGGGUAUACUGUAGACUACUUUCCCCACACUUUGCUGUGGCCAUAGUUAUUAAGGUGCCACCUAUCUGAUUGCUGUAAUCAAAAACAACCCACAUAUUAAUGAGAAGCUAAACUUGAUUUCUGCAGCAAAAAUAAAAUCCAAACAUCUUACAUCUUAGUGAAGACAUAUACACAGCAGCUUUGAGAGCUGCUGAGCACUGUGAUACACCGAACUGACUUCAGCAAACACUGCUGACCCUCAAAGUCUGCCCAGACCACCACCCUUCUGAGUUAGGGCCCUGCCUACCUUAGACAACACAGGACAGGCUCCGCUUCCUUGGGGCUACUUCAGAUCUCCUUGAGGAUACUAAAAUGCAACCACCAUGGAGACUAAAGGUUUAGGGCAUCCCAAACUCUCAAUGCUGUAAGUUUCCAGAACGAACCUGCUGUGAGAUGUCCUUUAAUGGUUUAUUUUCUAACAGGGCAUUUUGAUAUUUUAUGCAUGGUUCACUGCUGCCAAAGAAAACAUAAAAGACAAAACAUCUUUACAUACAGGUUUCGUUGGAAGAGACCACAGACUGAAAAGAGAAACCGAUUUUUUUUUUCAUACUGCCACUUAGUAAGAGCACUAUGGAGUGUAAGUUAUAUACCGUGACCACAGCAAAGUGAGGCUUCGACUGUAUAGUGCCUCUUGCUCACUCACGUCAGCAAUACUCACUGCUGUCUUUAAAACUAUGUAUUCACUGACAGCAUGACAGGGUUGUAGUGCCUUACAAAAUGAAGUUGUGAUUUUAAAGAAAGUAAAGUGCCUUUCUGUCCUUGCACAGUAUAACUGAUCCAGUGUCUCCCUGAUACCUGUUCUUACUUCAAUAAACCUCAAAGACCACG